AUGGACGCAGCAAAGAACGCCGAUGCGGCCAUGCAGAAAUCUGAUUUCCCCCUCGCGAUUCAGAAGUACACCCAAGCUUUGACCGAGCUCCCCCGGGCUGCCGUAUUUUACAUUGGGCGCUCUACUGCCUUUUCCCGCCUCAAGCCCGAAGACGGCGGCCCCAAGUACCAGGAUGCGCUCGAUGACGCGGAGAUUGCCGUCCGUUUAGCUGUUGAACGCGGUGGCCACGAGAUCAUGCUUGCCGCUGUCAUGCGCCGUGCUAUUUCUCUUUUCCAGCUGGAACGCUUCGGAGAUGCCGAGAAGCUUUUUAACUACGUUGCCUUGUCCAUUGAGAAUGAGAGCACCGUGCCUGACCCUAAGAAGUCGAUCAACAAGUUCCGCUCUUCCGUCCCUACCUGGGUGGCCAAGAUGAAGACUCUGCGGGAUAACAAGGUCGAAGGCGAUGAGAAGUGGGUUGUGAACAUCGACGAUGACCUCAGCGAUAUUGGAAUUCCGACUUCCGAGCAGUUGAAGGCCCAGCUGGAUGUUGUCUUGGCCAAGUACCCUUCGCGUUUUCCUGCUCCCGUGAAGAAGGAAGAGGAUAUGUCAACCCGCCCUGUGGAGAUCCGGCCCGACUGGUACGAAACCCCUCAAGUCAUGUCUGUGAUUUUCUUGUUGAAGAACAUGACUCUUGAAAACGUGGAGGUCGAUGUCCAAAUGUCAGAGACUUCGCUGGUGGUGAAGGUCCCAACCCCGUCCGGUUCGAUCGCAGAGGCGUACAUCUAUCCCCUGUGGGCUCCCAUCGACCCUGAACAAUCCACCUUCGUCGCCAAGAGCUCGAAGAUCGAAGUCAGCCUGCGCAAGAAAACCUCUGGAAUGUGGAAGAACCUGAUGAAAGUACUUGUCCCUGCCCACCAGGGCGUCGUUCCUAGCGGUAACCCGAACUCGAAUUCCGGCGCAGACAACGUCGAGUCCUCCAAGGAGCCUGAGCAGCAUGGCAAGGGCCCUAAGGACUGGGACAAGGUCCUGGCCGAUCUUGACGCCGAGGAGAAGGCUUCUUCUGGGUCCAAAGUCAAUGCCUCGACCGAUGGCGCUGCUGAUAUGGACGAUGAUGAGCAGCCUGGCGACAUUGAUGCCUUCUUCAAGAAGCUGUACGCCGGUGCUGAUGACGAUUCUCGUCGCGCCAUGAUCAAGAGCUUCACGGAGAGCCAGGGCACUUCGCUCAGCACCAACUGGUCUGACGUCGGCAAGGGCAAGGUUAACCCCCAUGAGUAA